UUCAUUGCAGCAGAUGCAAUUAAUAAUGCAGCAGGGUUUGGUUUUAGAGGCUAUGAUAAAAAUGGAGUUACACGUUGGGAUCUAAUAUCAAAUCUGAGAAUCCAGCAAAUAGAGUUUUCCACAAGUUUCAAGAUGUUUCUUGAUAACUGGAAUAUCCAAACAGCUCUUUGGCUUAAAAGAGUGUGCUAUGAGCGAGCCACCUUCAGCCCAACGAUCCAAACCUUCAUCCUUUCUGCCAUCUGGCAUGGGGUUUACCCAGGAUAUUAUUUAACGUUUUUAACAGGAGUACUAAUGACACUAGCAGCACGAGCUAUAAGAAACAAUAUCCGACACUAUUUUGUCGAAUCACCUGCAGUUAAACUAUGUUAUGAUAUUGUAACGUGGAUGGCAACUCAAGUAGCAAUAAGUUACACGGUCGUGCCAUUUGUACUGCUCUCUGUAAAACCCUCAUUCACCUUUUACAGCUCCUGCUAUUUCUGUCUUCAUAUUGCCAGCAUCCUGGUGUUGUUGGUAUUUCCAUUGAAAAGAACUCAGAAAGGAAGUAAAAAGCAUGAAAGUGUCCAGCCCGUGUGGUCCAAAAAACUAGAAGAAGAACAUCUUUUGCAAAAGAACAGUUAUUCCACAACAAAUAAUAGUUUCAGUCAGAAGCAAGAAAUAACCUGCAGAUAUCAAACACUAAAACAGUGAUUGAGGAAAUACUAUGAUGAAUAUAUUUUGUAUGUUUUCAGAAACCCAUUUUUAGCACCUUUUAAAGGGGUUUGUAUUUGUUUGCAAAGAUGUUUAGUAAGAAAAGAAUGCAUUACCUAGGAAAAUCACACACAAUAGCAAGACUGGAAACAAAACAAAGUAACCCCUCCCAUGCCAUGUCCCUGUGGGUCACGCCUUAUAUGAAGAUAUUACCAUUAUUUCAAUGGGCACUCAGGACUUGCAACGUAUGUCCAUAGGGUCAUGUGUGUGCCCUUUGUUGAAUGUACGUUGUGUAUCCCAAGGCACUGAUGGGGUAGAAUAAAAUUGUGUCAAUCUAGGAUUAACAAAUGGAAAUUAAUUUUUCCAAAUGAAUGACUUGCCUUAAACCCUCUAUUUACUGAAAUAUUGUUUGUAAGUGGGUAUUUUCAAGUUCGAUUUUAUGUGGAAAGCAUCUUGCAAAUAUUUAACACUAUAUGCUAUGAGGAAGAUAAGAACAGGAAAUGCAAGGUCACCAGAAGACUUUUCAAUCUUUAAAAGGGAAUUGCAAUAAGCAUCUCAGUAUUUGGAGGGUUUUCUUAAAGUAUCUCAAACUAUUACAGUACACUACAGAACUGUAAACAUUGAUGCCAAAUUAUAGUUAGGUUUCUUUGAUAAAGAGUAUAACUACUCUGAAUGGAUUAAAAUCACCCUUCUGAAUGGAUUAAAAACACCUUAAGAUCCACCUUUUCCAGGACUUGAUAGCUCUAAUGUAGGUUUCUUUUACUUUCAAGUACCUUAACCCAAUAAAACACUGCCAAGUGGGCUUUGCAGCUGGAGGGGGAAAGGCAGCCAAAAGGCACAGAAGACAAUGUGCAAGCACUGGGAUGUCAAUGAAAGUGCAGUUUUGCCCUUCAAUACCAGAAAUACUUGUUCUAGAAUAGAACUGUUUUAC